AGCCCUUUCAGUAAACUACAGACAAGUGGCCCAUACUCCACUAAUCUUAUUCGGUCACCACCAGUCCUCCGUUGGUUUUCACCGGCGCCCGAUCUCCGACCACCGUAUAAAUCACUUCACAGAACACCCUAUAUUAAGCUAUAAAUUCUAACUUCUAAGUAAGCAGUAGUUAGAGAUGGUGGAAUUUUCUAGGGCAAAUGCCGAAGCAUUUAUAGAUGAAGAUGAUGAAGAGGCAGGGGAAGAAAUAGAAUCAGCACCACCACUCAAUAUUGGUGACGAAAGGGAAAUUCACUCAAGUGGUCUUAAGAAGAAGCUUCUUAAGCUUGGACUUGGUUGGGAAACCCCUGAAUUUGGUGAUGAAGUUACUGUUCACUAUGUUGGUAGCUUACGUGAUGGAACCAAAUGUGUUUCGACUAGGGACAAAGGUGAACCUGUUACGUUCAAGCUUGGCGAAGAGAAAGUUGCCACUGGCGUGGAUUGCGGAAUUGUCACGAUGAGGAAAGGUGAAAUGGCAUUGUUCACAUUGCCCCCAAGAACUGGUUUUGGAUCCGCAGACUUGGAUGCAGUUUCAUCGAAUUCUGUAGUUCAGUUUGAGGUCGAGCUCGUAUCAUGGAUCACAGUGGUAGAUGUCUGCAAGGAUGGUGGUAUUAUCAAGAAAAUUAUGGAGAAGGGGGAGCUGAUAGGACCUCCUGAUGACUUGGAUGAAGUUCUAGUGAAGUAUGUGGUGAGGCUGCUUGAUGGUGUCAUUGUGGCAAAAACACCUGAACACGGAGUGGAGUUUUAUAUCAAAGAUGGCCAUUUCUGUCAAGCAUUACCAAAAGCAAUCAAGACAAUGAGAAGGGGAGAGAAAGUGAAUUUAAUUGUUCAGCCUCAGUAUGCCUUUGUUGAUGGGGGUAAGGAUCCUGAAAAUGGCUUCCCUUCAAUUCCUCCAAGUUCAAUUCUGAGUAUUGAUCUUGAACUUGUUUCUUUCAAGCCGGUGAUAAAUGUGACUGGUGAUUUGGGUGUUUUAAAGAAGAUUGUAAAAGAGGGGGAAGGCACUCUCACUGCAAACGAAGGUGCUGCUGUGACUAUUAGAUAUACAACUAAGCUUGAGGAUGGCACUUUGCUUGAGAAAAGAGGCUUUGAUGGAGAGGACGCAUUGAAGUAUACAACUGAUGAAGAACAUGUCGUUGCUGGACUUGACAAAGCAGUUACUACGAUGAAGAAGGGUGAACACGCAAUAGUGACAAUUAAACCUGACUAUGGGUUUGGAAGUACUGAAGUGAAGCGGGAUCUUGCUAUGGUUCCUCCUUGCUCAACCAUAGUUUUUGAAGUUGAGAUGUUGGAGUUCACAAAGGAAAAGGAUCCUUGGGAAAUGAAUAAACAUGAGAGAAUCCAAGUGGCCCAAAGGAAGAAAGAAGAGGGCAAUCUACUCUUUAAAAACGGAAAGUAUCAAAGAGCAAUGACGAAAUAUGAGAAGGCUGUUGAUUAUAUUAAUGAAGAUGGAACCUUUGAAGAUGAUGACCAAAGGCUAGUUAAAUCACUGAGAGUGUCAUGCUGGUUGAAUGGUGCUGCUUGUUGUCUCAAACAAAAUGAUUUCCAGGAAGCUAUCAAGCAAUGUUCCAAGGUCUUAGAAAUUGAGUCCUGUAAUGUGAAAGCAUUAUAUAGGAGAGCACAAGCUUUUAUGGAAACAGCUGAUCUGCACUUGGCAGAAUUGGAUAUCAAGAAGGCCCUGGAAAUUGAUCCACAGAACAGGGAGGUGAAACUGAUACAAAGGACACUAAAACAACUCCAAGCAGAGAGCAAUAAGAAAGAUGCAAAGGUCUACACAACAAUGUUUGCACGCUUGUCAAAUGAGAACUCUUCGGCAGCAAAGAGAUUGAAAGUUGAAGCGGAGAGCAAGAUUGAAGAAAACGUUGGUGAGAUGAACAUGCCUUGACAAUUGAUUGAAAGUUGAUUCUUGCUGAAGAAUUGUACUUGUACAUUUUCUAAAUCUAACAGAGAGCAUGUAUAGACAAGGUAAUAGAGAAAUGUCACAGAAACGACGCAUGUACCACUUGAAAUAUGUGGUUUCAGUUCUAUUUUAAAUGUAAGUUGACACAUUCCCAUUGUAUAGUUCAUUUGGAUGCUGCAAGUUAGAAGCUUUUUUCCAAGUA